GCUGUGACGCUCAACAUCUACGACCUGGUGGAGGCCAACGAGUACAUGGCGCCGCUGGGGCUCGGCAUCUUCCACAGCGGCGUCGAGAUCGCCGGCCAAGAGUUUUCGUACGCGAGUGGCGCCGGCGUCUUCUCCUCGAGCCCCCGACAAGCGCCCGGGGCCAAGUUCCGGGAGUCGGUGGACAUGGGCUUCUUCGAGGGAAGCUUCCAGGAGGCCCAUCGACUGGCCUACUCGCUGAGCUCGGACUUCGAGGGAGGCGCCUACAACCUGUUCACCAAGAAUUGCAACACGUACGCGGACGCGCUCUGCCAGCUGCUGCUGGGCAAAGCCAUCCCGUCCUACGUGAACCGCGCGGCCUACUUGGGCUCGUUCCUCAGCUGCCUCAUGCCCGCGGACAUGACGGACCAGGCGCCGGUGGGCGACCCUAACGCGCCUUCGCGUCCGACGAGCGGCGCCCCACGUCGCUCUGAUUUCGUCUACACUCCAUUUGCCGGUGCGUUG